AUGCCCAACGAUUUCUUUGGAGACUUUCCUACCCUCAACAUGGAAAGAGUGAAAUACUUGGAGAAUCACAAACAUGCAAAUAAUAAAUCCAGGACUCUCCGAAGAAGAUCCUCACAACCAGCGAAAUCCACACCCGUUGAGAACAUUCCACCGACCCCGAUUGACACCAUGAAGCCGCAUUUGAAUCAUAGUUUAGAGGGACAGGUGGAUUUUCGGUUUGGACCUAUCGAAUUACAUGCGUUGGACACUAGUCUUUCCGUCAAUAAGAAAAAGAAACGCAUGGAGGAAAAAACCACCCAGUUGGGCUAUGGUGUUUUGCACCUUUAUCGCGAUGUGGAGACUGUCUCCGAACAAGAUUUACCAGAUACAAAGAUAGCCAAAGAUGAAUCCCUGAAUAUCGUCUCGGAUCAAGAUACUGUUCUCUGUAUUUUGGCUGUACCUUCUUACAUGUCUUACAAGGACCUGUUGGAUUUCUUGGGUUCUACCAAUUCCAGUAUCACCCACUAUAGAUUUAUAAGAGAUUACUCACCCAACAAAUAUACCGUCUUAUUAAAAUUUGAAAAUCGUCAAUCGGCUUUCGCUUGCUACCAGAAAUUCAAUGGCAGAAGGUUCAAUAUGACAGAGCCCGAGAUUAGUCAUGUUGUAUAUAUACAAUCUAAUACAGUAGAGAGUAUCCUUAUUCCGCCACAAAUGUACCCCUCCUUGAACGAAACGCUCGCUCAGGAUGUAUCUCACAAAAAUACCAUGGCUGAACUACCUACCUGCCCAGUCUGUUUAGAGCGUAUGGAUGAAAGUGUGACAGGAUUAUUAGGGAUUCAGUGCCAUCAUACAUCACAAUGUUACUGUCUUGAAAAAUGGGGAGAAAAUCGCUGCCCGAUCUGUCAAUACUCUCAUAAGCCAGUGUUGACGAUGAAUCACUCUAAAAAACGCACUGUUCUACCGAUAGAAGAAGAAGAGGAGGUGGUUUACCAAUGCUGUGAAUGUGUAUCUACCGAGAGUUUGUGGAUAUGUAUGAUUUGUGGGCAUGUGGGCUGUGGAAGAUAUCAAGAUGCGCAUGCGUACGAUCACUAUAUGGAUACGAAUCAUUUAUAUGCGCUUGAGAUAGAAACACAACGUGUGUGGGAUUAUGUAGGGGAUGGCUAUGUUCAUAAAUUAAUACAGAAUACCAUCGAUGGUGCUAUUGUGGAAUUGCCGCCAAACAGCACGGGGAAUUCAUUGCAUUCAGAGAGAGACGCUGUAUCAAAGCGAAAUUCAAAUCAUGGCAUGAAUCAACAUCCUGAUGGGUCUGGUGGAAGCAGUGUUAGAGAUAGUACAGCACAUCAGACGGGUCAACAAGGAAAACUGGAUUCGAUCUCGGUGGAUUAUUCGUAUAUGCUAUCAUCACAGCUGGAUUCUCAGAGAAUGUACUAUGAGGACCAAUUGGAUGGGCUGACAAGGCAAUUGUCGGAUCUUACGAACCAAAUCAAGAUGGCGUCUAAUGAAAUUAACGAGGCAACGCGUGAGGGAUCGUUAUUGCUAGAAAAGGGGCGAUUAUUGGAUGCUUCGAUCAAUGAUAUUAAAAAAGAAAAGGAAAAAGCUGAUAAAAGAGCAUCCGCUUAUAAAGAUAAAUAUGAAGCGAUGCAGAAAAAUUUAAAUGAAGAAAAAUUGUUAACGAAAUCAUUGAUAAGAAAUAACGGGUUAUUAAAGAAGGACGCGGAAGGAAAGGAUGCCACGUUGAAAGUGCUUGGAGAUCAAGUCAGAGACUUGAUGUUCUUUUUGGAGGCAAGAGAGAAAGGUACAAGUGCAGAUCAAGACAGCCGAUUCAGCAAUAAGGAGAAGAAGCUUUUGAAAUCCAUGUCCUUUCCACCUGAAUAUGAUCAAAAGGUUGAUAUGAAAAAAGUAAAUUUAGACGUUAUUAAACCUUGGAUAAGUAAUAGAAUCACCGAACUACUUGGUUUAGAGGAUGAAAUCGUGAUUGAUUACACUUGCAGCUUGUUAGAAGAAAAGAAUCAAGACCCAAAAAGAAUGCAGAUUAACUUGACUGGAUUUCUGGAAAGCAAUACAAAAAAAUUUGUAACUGAACUUUGGAAUUUAUUACUAAGUGCUCAAAACUCUGUAGGUGGCAUUCCAGCAAUCUUUAUAGAGCAGAAAAAGGAAGAGUUACGUAAAAAGAAAUCCCAGGAAGAUGAAAGAAGAGCUCAGCGUGAUUCCGUCAUGGAUACGAUCCGAAAGAAGACGUCGGAUGAAAUGUCCGACCUAAGAGAAAGCAGCGGAAAGAGAAGAUCUCGCUUUGAUGAACAGAGAGAGAGAAGCAGAUCACCCCCCACCAGACGCUACAGAUCGCGUUCUCGUUCUCGUGAUGAAAGACGUAGCAGACAUUAUCGUGAUGAUCAUCAUUCUAGUCGCAGAGAUGACAGACCUCGUGAAUCCAGAAGAAGAAGAAGUCCUUAA